CUUCUUUUCUUUUCCGUUUUCUUCCCUCUGUUCCUCUCUCUUUCAGUAGAGUCAGUCAGCAAGCCGCGGCGGAGUAGAAGCAACAGCCGUUACAGCGCUCCAAGCAAGAAAAAGCCCAAAAAUUUAGAGAGAGAGAGAGAGAGAGAGAGAGCCCCUCUGGCCGCUCUUCUACUUCCUCAAAGAAAACCCCAAUUUCGCUUCAAGAGGGUUUCGUUUGCUUUCCCCUUUCCGAGGUUGAUCAUGGCUUCUUUUUAGCUGAACCCACUCCGCCCCGCCCUCGGUAACCCAAAAAGUUGUUGAAUGUUGAGACAAAAGGGUUUGUAGGAGUGAACUGAAUGGGGUCUCUGAAAAGGAAAAGUAGAGGGACCGAUUAUAUGGAAGAUGAGAGGAUGCAGAGGCGAAAGAAGAGAAGGCACAUGGCUGAUUUAAGUCACGAGGGUUUUCCAUCGAAGAAUGGUAUCAGUGGUGGCAGCACUGCCAAAACCCGGACAAGAACUAGGGGAAAUUUGCCUAACCAGGGUGCUAGUAACGACCAUCAUUAUCCUCCAGAUGAUGAUUACAAGUUCUUCUUGGAUAGCUUGGGUCUGGGCCUUCCGUCAGCAGCUGAUUCCGGUGACCGGGUUGGUGGUACUAGUGGCUGUGAUAGUGAAGCCGCCACUCGAGGUAUGUGUUCUGAUCUAAAGGGGGACUGGCCGGACUUGGACAUUGACCUUUUCCAACUCUUGGCUGAGAAAGGUGGUGGUAGCAGCAGCAUUAGAGCAGAGGAUGAUGGCGUCGGUAACGGUGGGGAUCCAGGUGCUACCAGUGGAUGUGGCGCGUCUAUGGAUGGUGACAAUGAAGCUGCUCGGUAUGUGGACGACUCUUUUCUCCGGGCAUGCUACUCCGGUGAUAAGAAUGGGAUGAGUUGCAAGGAUGAUACUGGUGAUGAGGCUACUGAUGAUGGUUGUGAUGAUAAGUCGGGAGAUAGCUUUCAUGGUAAUUCUGAGUUUGUGGAAGAAGCCGGUGAGAUUGGAGGCUCUGGUGAUGAUGAUACGUCUUUUGACAAUGUAGCUCCUGCUGAAGAAGUCGCAGACCAUUGCAGGCAUUUCGAUCUCUCGGAUCCAGGUCAAACUGCUGAUGAUGAUAUCCUCGAAGCUUCUGAUCUGGCAUAUCUUAGUUUCUUAGAGAACCUGAGAGAAGAUGGGACUGCAUACAGUGUCGAGCUACCUGUGAGCAAUGGAAAGUCACUAUCUUUUGUUUAUGAAAAGCAAUAUGUUUCUCGUGGUCAAUGUGACGCUGGUGAGCCAAGACAGACUUCUUUACAGCGAAAGAAUGGAGAACCUGAUAUUUGUCUGGGGCUACGUUGCGAUGAAACUCAAGGUCAUUCCCAGAUAGGAAAUGAAGGAGGUGCUGGAUGUGAUCCGAGAGUUCCUAAUGGAAGCAACAAGAGUUUAUUGACGGGGAGGAAGUUCUCUUACAAAACUGAAAAUGGGGUACGCAGUGGAUUUAGAAGAGAAGAGAAGUCCCAAAUGGAAGACCUUUCGGAGAGAGAGAGCAAAAGGAAGGGGGAAGAACGUGGGGAUUCAAAGGUUGCGUGUGCUAGGGAAAGGAGGAGCUGUUCAGCCUUGAAACCAAGGAUCAGAGAUGAAGCGGGAGAUGCACCAGAAAAUGCAUGUAGGACAGAAGCUCCAAUGCCAGCCAGGGUUCAGUCGAAGUCCGGAGACACAAGAGAGAAAAAUGUUCUAGUACCCAGUUUGGUGAGAGAUAAAACAACUGAAACUGUGCCUUGCCGAGAGAGCAAAAAGAAGGGGGAAGAACGAGGGGAUCCAAAGGUUGCGUCUGGUAGGGAGAGGAGGAGCUGUUCACCCUUGAAACCAAAGAUCAGAGAUGAGAAGGGAGAUGCACCAGAAAAUGCACAUAGCAGAGAAGCUCCAAUGCCAGCCAGGGUUAAGCCCAAGUCCGGAGAGACUAGAACAGAAAAAGUUCCGGUACGAAAAGAAGAACAGAAAACGAAAGCUCAGAAGGAUGUGAGCGACAUGCACGAUAUGAAAAGAAGACGUUUGAUUCCUGACAGAACACAGAGAAAAGAGUCCUUGAAUCCUGUCCCCUGUGAAGAACCUGCAACAACUAAAAUGCCUUCGAACAAAAAUGAACAGUGCAAACCUAAAGUAGAGCUGGAUGACAUGCAGGAUAGGAAAAGAAGACGUUUGAUUUCUGCAGAAACACUGAAAAAGGGGUCCUUGAAUCCUGUUCCCUGCGAAGAACCUGCGACAACUAAAACGCCUUCAAACAGAAACCAAUGCUGCAGACCUAAAAUAGAUGAGGAUCAAAUUGACAAAUGCUAUGAAAUAUUCCUCUGUUCUCUGAAGAAGAAGCCAACACACAUUGAAUUUGUCCCUUCAGUUGGCGAAAGAGUGUUAUAUCAUGACUAUCCCACCAGCUAUCCCACCAGCCCAUCUGAUUCAGAUUUAAUGGAGAUUGAUGCCGCCACCUUUGCUAAUGACGUCAACACUCCAUUCGUGCUAGCAAAGAACCAUGGAAUCAUUGAUCUUGACUUGGAACCUGAAGAAGGCCAUGGUGGGAAUCACUACAACUCUGUGUUCAGGGUGAAGCUUCUUGAGAAUCUAAGAAAGCCUUACGACCGGAGAGAGUACGAGGAGUUGUUGAAAGAAGUUUCUUGCAGGAAGCAAAUGGUGAAAGAUAGAGAACUCCGGCAUGGACGAACAGUGGAGAUCAAGCUGGAAGCUUUUGGGCAAUCUUACCUUGAUAAAUAUACAGAUUUUGCAAGAAAGCUUCACGAGUUGAAGGCUGAUUCGGAGUGCAAUCGCGCCGUAAGGUUGAACUUGUUACGUGGGUUUUUCUAUUGGUUGGAGAAUUUACCGCUUCCUGGAUCUUUCCAUCCCUGGCUGGACGAGUCAUGUUUGAAAGUGCUGCCAAGUAGCAAACUAGCUCCCCGGAAUUAGAGUAUUCAGACAUUUAUUUGGAAAGGGGGAGAUGAGGCAGGACAGCUUUUGGGUAGAGGUUUAACUAACUAUUUGAAAGACUCCUGGUGGCGGCAAACAGACUUUCAAAUAUGUAUUAUAUAAUAUUGCCUGCUCUAACUAUGUAGUUUGUUGCCAUCACUGUACAUCUGGACUACCCUUGUUGUCCUCGUUGAAUAUGAUCCUGGGUUUCCCCAUGCUGAAAUUGAGCGUCUUUGCCCUCAUGUUGUAUUUGAUCUCUCCAUCAUACAGCAGCUUCCUUAUGUAAUGUUCAAUGUCCGAACCGAUUAGUCGAAGCGUGUAUUCCGUCAAUGGUGCCCCCUGCUAGUGAUCGACGAGCUCCUGGAAGUAAGAGUAGACCUUGGUGCAGGUAACAUCAUCCCACACGAACUCGUUGGUCGGGUCGAGGAUCAGAGUGAGCUUAUCCAUCUGCGUCUGGUCCAUCUCGCAGGUCACGGGGUCGAUGUAGGCAGCAAAGAUCCUGACGUGGCGAGUGGUGCUGCUCAGCCACUCCCCUCCAUACUCCUUCCCCAUGUUCUUGCUCUUCACGUUGAUCUGUGGCUCCACCGGCCUCGGUGUGGUUGGCUGCUUCUUCACUGGAAGGGUCUCGUUUGUGGUGUCUACCUUGGUCGUCUCCUCGAGCGUUUCUUGUUGUUGUUGUUGUUGCUGUGCUGAAACUGAAAGUACCCUUCUGUUGUUGUUUCUCAAGUGUCGUUUGCCAACCAUACCUGCCGUGGAGAAGGCCAUGUAAGAUGAUGAUGCAGAAGCUGCCAUUGAUGAAUGCUGGUCGAGAGAGAGAAAAUGGGAUAAUGGGUUCUGCUAUGGGUGUUUUGGUGGAACUUUCUGUUGCAACCAUUUUCAGUUGGGAAGGCUUUGUGUAGGGCCAAUGUGCUUUAGGUCCAUUUGUUUUUGGGGAUAGGAUAAAAUUUGGGUAUUUCACUACAGAAAUGGAGGGUAGAAGAAAGAGCGCAGGUCCAUUUUUUUCUCGCAUAUGAGAGCUAUAUAUUUUUUUCUUUUGGCAGGUUCCUGUAAU